AGUGAGCGAGUUUAGUUCAACUUCAUAAAACCUACAACGGCGGUGGAGUGGUGAGAUACAGGAGACAGGGGAUGAGCAAAUUAGCACACCAUUAAAAUUGUAUGUUUUGUUUUAUAUCGUUAGCCUAUACCUACUAGAUAAAACUUAAUUACUUAAUUAACCGCAUUUAUAAAGACUGAUCAAGCCUUGGCUUCAGCGAUGGAGAGCGAAGUAGCCACACAGACCAGCACUCCGUCUCCCUCCCCUGAUCCUGAGUCUGCUGAACCCAGCAACACUACCAAGUCUCACCACGCCCCGCGCUUUGGAACCAUUAUCCCUAAUCGAAUUUUUGUAGGAGGCAUUGACUUCAAGACAAAUGAGAAUGACCUGAGGCGGUUCUUCUCCCAGCAUGGAGCCGUUAAAGAAGUGAAGAUUGUGACUGACCGUGCUGGGGUAUCAAAAGGAUACGGAUUUGUUACCUUUGAGACGCAGGAUGAUGCACAGAAAGUCCUUCAUGAAGCAGAUCGGUUCAGCUUCAGGGACAAGAGGCUCAACAUUGGCCAGGCCAUCCGAAAGCAGCAAGUGGUGGUGCACUCCAACAGUUUCUCUGUGUCCGGCCCCAACCCUGCCAUGGCCGUGCCUGCUCAGUGUGGCACCAUGUACCUCACCACCCCCACAGGCUACCCCUACACCUACCACAACGGAGUGGCUUACUUCCACAGCCCCGAUAUCAAGCCCCUGGCUUCACACUGGCCUUCUCACUCUCGGUCAGUAUCGGGCUCUCCUGUGAUGCUGACUCACCCGCCUCAACCAGUCUACCAACAAGCAGCCUACCACCAUUACCAGGCCCCCACCCAGUGUGUCCCCCCCGGCCACCUGCAGUGGAAUGUCCCUCAGUCUCCGGUCCCUUCCAGCCCGGUGAUGUAUAUGCAGCCCUCCGAGCUCCUCUAUCAGCCCAUAGAGCCCUCUGCAGACGGGGGCUGUGUCCAGGCUGCCUUGCCUCUCCUGGAGGCCUCCAUCCCAGAGCAGUUCAUGGAUCCCAUGGUUCAGUCUCCCUACCAUCAGAUGUAUGCCCAGAGCCCUGGGGGACUGGCCCCGAUCAUCAUGCAGCAAGACCCUGGAAAGGAGCAGAAGUUCCACGCCUUGCGGGGGGGGCCCGCGGUCAGCCUGAAGCCGAGGUACGGCCGCAGCCCGCAUUACGCCUACCUGCACAAGGACUACCGCCCAGACAUUGCAGACCACGCCCCCCCGCCCAUCUCUGAGCCUCUCAAGUAGACUCCGCCCACACCUCUGAUAGCGCCUCCUCAGGGGGGGAACGACAGCCCGCUUCUCUCUCCACUCACCAGCCUUCUCCAUCCAUCCAGCCUCCAGCGAUCCCAAUCCUGCCACUAACAUCCACAUGAUCUUACUGUUAUUCUCAAAACAACUAAAUGCUCUGAAGACGUUAAUUUAAUACUUAUCUAGCAGUACUCUACGCUUACAAUUACGCUGACCAUCAAUGAAGCAAAAAUGUUAUGGACCUUUGAGUCAGAUGACUGAACAUAGUCUUUCCACCUGCAAAACACUACAGGAGCACACAGCCUUGGACUGUUCUGUGGCCAAACUGAAACUGACGGGGUGUGAAGUCAUCGACUUUGAUCUCAGGUCAAGUGUUCCUAGUGGGGCUAUGGUUUUUUGUUGUCUCUCUUUGUAAUGUUAAGUUCUGAAGACAUUAUCAUUAGUGUCUGGUCUCUCUUCCCACACCAGUAUAAACAUCAAUACAGUACUACAUUGAUUUCUCUCGGAACUAAUGGAAAUCUGAGUAUAUACUGAGCACCUUAAUAAACCUCAGUCAGUAACUGGUUUACAGUUGAUAGAACACUGAAAAACACUUCCUGACUAGAAAUUCCAGUUUUUUCAAAUUAAUAUGACUUCAUUUCGGCAGUUGUCAUUGUGCCUUCAGCAGUGAUGACAUACUAUUAUCCUUUUGAGUGCAUAACAGUCUGCAUUGCCCCCUAAUGAAAGACAAGAGAAUAGAGUGCUCUGUCUUCUGAAUUAGAGUUAUAUUAAUGGUAUUUGGUCAUCAAAAAGCUCAGAAUUUAACUCAUGUGAAAUGUACAUCUUUAACUUUUGUUUUAAUUAUUAGGAUAGAUGGCCACAGCCUUUUCCUUUUUUGGGGUUGCCAUCUUUCUUGAAAAGCAGAAAGAAUUAAUGCGUAAGGUAUUAUUGGGUAUUUAUAUUCCAGUUAUCUUAAAAUUCUCAAUGACCUAACAUACUUUAAACAUGUGAAUAUAUAUACAGCUUUUCUGGGAAUUUAUUUUCUUCAUAUUUUACAGGUUUUACCCUUAAUUAGCUAUUAAUAAUUAAUGUAUUACUUUAAGUCAAUGACGAGGAAAAAAAAGUGAACGUUAUACCCAUUGUUAUAAUUUC